AUGUCUGAAUCCGUCUUCUUUCACCUCCUCUCCUUCAGCGUUUCUCGUCCCGACCCCAUCCUGGUGCAGUUCAUUGCAUCCCGAUUAGGAUCACCGCUCUCUUUCCUCUACCCCCGAAUCCCCCUCCCCCUCUCCGGCGACCGACCACUCCCCGCCGUGACCUGCAAGCGCUCUGCGCGGUCCACCCCCGAGGUAGUCACAACUGCCUCGGAGGACGAGAAUCGCGCAGUAGCUACUGCACCGCCGAAGCGGCUACGGCAUGAAGAGAGCCGCCGCAGUAGCCAAGGUAAGCUGAAUUUGGUUAUGGGUGGCACUGUCAACUCGACCCCGGCGCAGCCCUGGACCCGAAAAGUUGGAUCCGAGAAGUCCAAGCACGCAGCAGCCCUAGAAGCGCUGCGUCGACGCCGUGCCCGGGUCAACAAUGGAUCAGAUGCUUCCCAGGAAGAGGGCGCUGAUGCCAACCCGGAAGACGUCGAGGACGUCGACUACCGCGGGACAAAUCUCGACAAGUAA